AUGACUAGAAUUCAUGCAGGCGUACAUAACAUGUUCAAUGAAGCCUACAAAAUGGCGUCUUCCUCUAACUCAGAAGACAACAGGAAACUUCCUCCGUUAGAAAAGUUACCUGAUGUAGUGGAAGAACCAAAACCAGUUUAUAAGGAGGUAUGGGUAUCCUUCUUUUUUGUGCGCGAUAAAUAUAUUUUUAUACAGCCUGGAUAUUAUGGAAAGUGGCGUCACCGUAUGCAAGUCACACCGCAAUUGAAUGUGUACAAAGAGUACAAAUUGUACUGUAUUGACAUCGUGCGAUUGUGUUAUUUUUUGAGUUGGUUACCAAGUUGUAGUGGUAUUUCUUUGAUUAUUAUUUAAUUAUCUCCCAGAUCAAAUUUGUAAUUCUCCUUACUGUCAACCGUACAAUUCUUAUAAUGUUAGUUCAGAGAAUUUACUUUUGGAUUAACUAAUUUUCCCCAAAUUUAUAUUUUUCUUUAUUCUCAUCACUUAUCUGGUUGAUAUUGUAUUGAUAUUGUAAGGAGAAAUUCUGUCUUGGUCACUCAUGGAAGAUGAAGGGUUAAAAAAACUAAUGAAAUUAUGUAACCUGAUGGUUGUUUUCAUCCAUAACCUCCUUUUUUAAUUUAUGCAUCUUUUUCACAUUCAUCUUCUUUUCCUUACACAGGAAAAUACCAAUGACAGUUGGUCAGCAUUGGUUAGGAAGCUCGACAUAGAGUUUAAUGAGGAUUGUGUGAGUUGUAAGUUCAUUGGUGCAUCAGUGUGUUAUGUUUGUGGAUACAUCGCGUUGAAUACUGUCAAGACUAUCCCAGCUUCAAACAUGCCAGCAAAGGUCAUGACUGGAUUAUUUGGUGUGGGUAUGUGAGAAUUUUUCUUUGGUGAAAACAUGCCAAAAUCUUUUCUUAAAAGUAAAUGAUGAAACAAUCCUUGCAGUUGAACUGCAUGUAUUUAGGGGAUUGCAAUUAAAGAAGCCUGAAAAUAUUAAGGCAUUGACACAGUUUGAAACUGUGCCAACCAGAUCAUAGUUGGGUACUAUUAUCAGCGUGAAGAAAACUGAAAAAACGUGCUUCAUGGGGUUCAAACCAGAAUGCAUUCCUCCCUCAUUUAGGAACACUGCAUCAAUGUUACUUUUAAUUAAUAAUUUUUUCACUUAGGACUUUUUGGGAUUGGAACACUCAGACUUUUUAAAAGUCCGGCUGAACUGGCGAUCGACAGACCCUCGAACAAGAGCUCAGGCAAGGACAGUUGGUGGUGA